AUGUGGCGCGCCCUGUCCGCCAUGGCCUCCUCGGCGCCUCGGCGGUUCGCUCCUCUGGCGGAGACGGCGGCGAGCGACGGCCGCCCGAAGUUGCGGGGCGUGGUCUUUGAUAUGGACGGCACGUUAUGCGAGCCGCAGACGCACAUGUUCGGGGAGAUGCGCGCCGCCCUCGGCAUCGACAAGGGCAUCGACAUCCUCGAGCACAUCGAGCAGCUCCCCCCCGCCGCUCAGCCCGCCGCCAUCGAGGCCAUCCGCGCCGUCGAGCGCCGCGCCAUGGAGUCGCAGGUGCCGCAGCCCGGCCUCGCCCGCCUCAUGUCCUACCUCGACGACCGCCGCGUCCCCAAGACCAUCUGCACCCGCAACUUCGACGUCCCCGUCCAGGGCUUCCUCGGCAAGUUCCUCGCCGGCUCCGUCUUCGACCCCAUCGUCACCCGCGACUUCCGCCCCCCCAAGCCCGACCCCGCGGGCAUCCUGCACAUCGCCCGCUCCUGGGGGCUCGUCGACGACCGCACCGGCCAGCCCGACGCCAGCGGCCUCAUCAUGGUCGGCGACAUGAUCGACGACAUGACUGCCGGGAGGUUGGCUGGCGCUGCCACCGUCUUGCUCGUCAACGAUGUGAACCGCGCCAUUGCCGAUCACGCCCACACUGACUUGGUCAUUGACAAGCUGGAUGACCUUGUGGCCAUCUUGGAAGAGGGCUUCGAGGGCCGUGAGAUUGUUUAG